AUGUCGACUUUAUCUAUGGUUCUAUUUCUCAUUUGCAUUGGUCUUCUGAGUUAUUACUUUUUUCUACUACAGCAACUUUAUCGAUACUUUAGUCGACGUGGUAUUCCUACUCCACCUUUCCAUUUCUUCUUUGGACAUCUGAAAACUUUAUGGAAUACUCCGGCUUUUCAUCGUCAACUGGAAAGUUGGACAAAGCAAUAUGGCAAAAUAUAUGGAAUUUAUCAAGGAACUACUCCUACCUUUGUUGUUAGCGAUCCUGAUUUUCUUCAGGAAGUUUUUGUCAAACAAUUUGCUGCUUUUCAAGGGCGAAGAGAAGUUCUCAAAGGUAUUGGUGUUCAUAACGUAUUUUCAUCAUCGGGUACACCAUGGCGUCGACAUCGUAGCUUAGUGCAUGCUGAUGUCUAUUCAAUUCAUUAUGAUCGUGAACUUUGGGGUCCUGAAGAUCCAUACGUUUUCUUUCCUGAACGCCAUAAAAUAAAACGUCAUCCAAUGGCCUAUUUGCCAUUUGGAGCAGGUCCACGACAUUGUAUUGGUAUGCGCUUUGCACUGAUGGAGAUAAAACUUCUACUAGUACAGCUACUUCGAAAGUAUACGAUUCUGCCUGGUGAAAACCUCGAAGGCAAAUUUAACAUCUGUGAACGAACGGCUAUCACACCCAAAGAAGUGUGGGUCAAACUGGUAGAAACAAGUGAUUGAGAUACAAUAAUACAAUGCUUAUAAACCUAAACCUGUACUUUUAUUAGAAUGUAGGUUGCAUAAAUCGAAAAGAAAUAUUGAAGAUUCUUCGGAAAACCUCUGUUUUAAAAAUGUUUAUAAUACUUUUGUUAUUUAUUUUUCGCAUCUUAGUAUGUAGUUGUGGUUUGGGACAGAGAGUGACUGUCAAUAAAGAAGAAAUACCCGCGCUCUCAACUCACUCAUUCUUCACAUAGCUCUUUAUGAUUGUAUUGAUGUAAU